AUGUCUGUGUUGCAAGAUACCACUUCCGUGCUCAAUAUCCAAAUAGAUCGUAACCAGUCAAAGACUUUCACAAGUCUCAAGUGCAGGGUCCUCAGAUUGCAAAAAACUUGUAUUAUCGAAUUAGUUAAGCUUAGCUCUUUCCAAAACUGGGUUACGUUGGUAGCUACUGCCAAUGAAGUGGCGGUCAUUCAACGUAUCUCGAAAUUGUUUGAACAACGAGAACAGUUGAUCAAAUCUUUGCUAAGAAUGAAACAGUUUCCAGACCACGAUGUUGACGAAGAAACUGAAUAUUUCAGAGAUCAGCAAAUUCAAAAAUUAAUGGCACAGCUUGAUCAAGACAACCAAGAUUUCGCAUUAUUCAAAAGCUUGAUCACUUUAGAACGUAAUGCUUUAAAGGAAAAAUACUUUAGAUCACAACAUGGAAUUGACACAAAGGUACCAACAUCGAAAUCACCUUCAUAUUACUCUUGCUCAUCGUCAUCAUCAUUAUCAUCCUCCUCUUCACCGCAAACAUUUUCGCCAUUAUCCACACCCUCACAGCGUCAACUACAAAAAGAACCUACUUGUUCAUCACCCGAAAGUUUGUUAAUGAUGUCACCAGAAUUAGGAAACCCAUUCACACUAGAUACUGGCGAUAAUGCAUCUGAAAAGACUGUGUCCCCGAUACUUGGUCAAUAUUAUGAUGAGAAAUCGAGUUUCUCUACUUCCUCAUCACCGUUCCUUAGCAAUUCUUCAACUCCAUUCAUAUCCCCUAGACCAGCCAAGCAUAUAUCAUCAAUAAGAGCACGUUCUCAUAAACAAGAAAAAGUGGUUUUGAGAAAAAGUAAUAGAAAGUGGUGGCGUAAACCAAGCUCUAGAUUUUUGAUCCUUUUUAUAUUUUUGUUCAUUGGAGGGCUAUAUUUAUUUGCUUUAGCAUGUGAUAAUUAUGUGACUAUUCCGAGAGUAGAAUCUGUUAUGAAUCCUGAGUUGAAAAGCAAGCAAUCUUCUAGUUCUGAAGGCAAGAGUUCUAAAGCCCGUCCUCUUCUCAGAUAA